CAUCCGUAAUGCCUGCCGAACCAGAUAAAAGCUGAGUCUAUCUAUCAGUCUCUCCUUUCUUUCAACUAACUCUAUCUUCCUCCCCAACUACCAAAAAUGUCAUCAGAGUACUCAGCUUUCACCACCUUAAGCGACGAAUUGACGGAGCACAUCCUCUCACUCCUCCCCAUACCUUCUCUUCUUCGUGCUUCCGCCGUCUGCAACCACUGGCGCUCUCUAAUCUCCUCCCCUUUAUUUCCUCACCGCAACCACCUCCCAUGGUUCUUCCUCCUUGGCCUCCACAACACCUCCUCCAAGAACCACCAGUCCUUUGCUUUUGACCCUAUCUCACACUCAUGGUUCCGUCUCCCAGCCCCUACUCUCCUUACCUCCUCCUACCCCCCCUCCGCCUCUCACGGUUUCCUUUUCACCACCGCUGAUCAAUUCUCCUUCUCUCCUGUCAUCAAUCCUCGCUGGACUUCCACUUCCCCUCUCCGAUUCCCCCGCAUCAACCCACUCUUCGCCGCGCUCCCUGACUCCUCCGCCGAUCGUUUCCUUGUUGUCGGUGGAGUCCGAUUCAUCGGCGGCCUCGUCGACAUCGAGGACCAUCCUCUGGCCACCGAGAUCUACAACUCUAGCCUCAACUCUUGGGAGCUCUGCCCACCCCUCCCUGAAGAUUUCGUCUCCCAAUCGUUAUCCUCCGCUCUGUUUGGAAACAGGUUUUACGUCUUUGAAAUUCACUCUUGCUUUAUGUCUUAUUUCGAUUUGGAUAACCGUGUUUGGAGCCAGAUCCAGAUGUUAAGGCCUCCCGGCGUAAUCUUCUCCUUCCUGAUCGCCUGCAAGGGCAUGCUCGUCUUGGCCGGGAUGUGCAAUUCUCCGACGUCGCUUAAUCUGUGGAAGAUUGAGGAGUCCACUAUGGAAUUGAGCGAGAUUGCGAUCAUGCCUCUCGAUUUGCUCUACGGAUUGAUAGAUAGUGAGGAAGACGAUAAGUUUGCGUGCUUGAAAUGUGUUGGAAUGGGGAAUCUCAUAUAUGUGUUCAACGACGAGUAUCACAAGAAGUUUCCGGCAUGUGUUUGUGAAAUUGACAGUGUGAAAGGCAGCUGCAGCUGGCGGAGACUGCCUCAAUUGCCGUUACCGGUUAACAAAUUCCACAAGGUUAUCAGCUUCAGCUCCACUGUUUCUGGUGCUGACUUUCUUCGUCGCUGAAGUAUUGAAAUCGUGUGUGCCUGAAGUAUUGCCUAUAGUUGUACUCUUUUUUUUUUUUGGAUCUGUUUUAGCUUCUGCAUUAUUAAUUCAAGGAUUUAAGUGUUUUUUCCCCUAACUAUCCUAAAUGUUGCGAUUUGCACAAUUCAUAUGAGAUCAUAACCCCGCAUGAUUCAUAUUAAAUCGUGUAAGAUCAUUUCAAUAUUUGGAAGAGUUGGAAAAAAAAAAAA